UCACUGAGGUUAUUUACAUGAAGCGGUGCAGGUUAUUACUCCAUCUAGUGCGUUAGAAAGCAGCUAGAAAGUUUUGGGUAAGGUUUCCCGGAAGUACCUAGAGUAAAUUAUGUUAAAGAUCAAUUAGGCGCAUUAAACAUGUCGGAUAGUGUUCGAUACUGUGCGACGUGCUCCUACGUCCUUCUGAAGUUUACUUUAGUGGCAUAUGCUACGAUUUUCUGGCUGAUAGGAGGCUUCAUCUUGGCCAUUGGCAUUUAUGCUGAGGUGGAGAGGCAGCGCUACAAAACUCUGGAGGGGAUCUUCCUUGCUCCAGCCAUCAUCCUCGUCUUGCUGGGGAUCGUCAUGUUUAUCGUCUCCUUCAUUGGUGUAUUGGCGUCACUGCGAGACAACUUGACUCUCCUCAAAGUGUUCCUCUACACAUUGGCAAUCUGUCUGAUCUUGGAGCUCCUGGGUGGAAUUGUAGCACUGCUGUUCAGGAACCGAACAGUGGAUCUUCUUAACAAAAAUGUCCGUAAAGGCAUGGUGAAUUACUACGAUGAUCUGGACUUCAAAAACAUCAUGGACUUUGUUCAAAGGAAGUUCAAAUGCUGUGGCGGGACAGAUUGGAGUGAGUGGAAGGUAAACAUGUACCACAACUGCUCGGCCCCUGGACCUCUGGCCUGCGGAGUGCCUUAUACAUGCUGUGUGAACAAGCCAAAUGAAGUUACAAACACGUUGUGUGGGUACAAAGUCAUCGAUAAAGAGAGAGUAGAGGUCAUAGACAUCAUCCACGUGCGAGGAUGCACUGAUGCCAUCUUCCUCUGGUUAAUGGAUAAUUACAAGAUCAUGGCUGGACUCCUACUUGGUAUUUUACUACCUCAGUUCUUUGGUGUGAUUGUGACCUGGCUGUACAUCACUCGCGUGGAAGAUGCCAUCGAGGACUACGGGAACUAUCAGGACGACCUGAUCACCUCCAAGAAACAGGGCAAGCUGGCCAAGUGCUGUAAAUGCAUGCCUCUGUUUGACUAAGUGAGUUUUGACACUUGAACCAAAAAACUUCAGCCUAAAGUACCUGAUCUUAUUCACCAUGAACCACACACGUGUUACUUUCACAUUAAAUUAUGCUUUUACAGGGUUUGUAUUGCUGCUGAUUUUAGACAGUCCUCAGGGUUCUCUGAGCCACCAGUCGAAUUUUUAUUUACUGUGGCUAAAGACAGCAGUUAAUGCUUUAAUAUACUUUCAUUGUCUUAAAGGUAAAACUUUUGGACAUCAUAGUGUGUAGCCCUGUUAUAAUUCAUUAUGUUUGUACAGAUUGGACACUUCUUCACAGUUGCACUGGAUAAAUGAUACUAUUUUCAGUUUCAGAAGUAGAUAAUGACAUGGAAUAUUUAAUGUUUUAGUAUAAUUUUAUUAUUGAUACAAGUUUUUAAAAAAUGAACCACUAUAUACAUUGUACAACUCUUUUUUUUUUUUUUUUUAUGUUUCAAAACAUGACGUUUAUUCUAAGCGAUGUGAAAGUUGAACGGUUUGCUUCUCAUAACUUUUGUUUUUUAAUAUAAGCUUUAGUACUGUAACCAGUAUAUCUAGCUUUAACCGUUUUCUAAAGCAUUAAGGAAAAAAUGCUACCUUUUGAUUCACUGAGUAAUGUUUAUGGUGGUUUUGGGAAAACCACCAGUGGAUGUUCCUGUGGCUGAAAUCUGAGAUUGAGUAAUCAAGAGCAAGUUUCACAAAAGAAGCAGUAAAACAGUCAGUCUGCCUAAAGAGGGCUGGGUUUAAGUUAGCAGGUUGACCCAAAUCUGCUUUUUAUUGCACCCAGGAUUCACAAAUUUGAUCUUUUCAAUUCAAUUGAGACACUUUUGUAUGUCAUCUUAGAUCAGAUACAUGUCCGAUAUUUGGCCUCGCCACGUGAACGGGAGAUUGGCCACGCAUAUCACUGUCGUCUUUAUCAUAUAGCAUUAGCAGACCAACAAUAGAGCACAGUGAAAGGACAUGGAAACUAGUGACUUGCUUAAUACUUAAACAAUUGCUACAGACACUGAGUAGUGUUUAAAACACUUGCCCAAGAAGUGCGAGAGCACAGCCGAAAACAGACAUGUGUACAGUUCUAAAUAAAUCCUCUCCCAUAUAAAUCCUCUUCACACCACUGUUCCACCACCACCACCUCUUCCUCUCUCUGGUACCAACACAUCUGUCUGUGCAGAGGUGCCAGCAAUAGCUGCAAAAACACUUGAUCGUGUGCAGCAGACGAGCUGUUUACUGACUUUUAGAGCAAAUUGCAUCGCAUGCCACUAGCACAUUUAUUUAAUGGAUUCUCACAAAUCUCUGUAAUCUAUUUAGUCGAUGUGAAUCAUGCAUUGCUGGUUUCAAUGUGAACGUGUAGGAGAUGGAUAUGAAAUGUCCAUUUUAAGAUGCGCCUACAGUAUCUCAGCACAAAAUCUGAAUUGUGUAAUGAAGCUGCAAAUCUGAACGUAGAUAUUUCCUCGGAGUGAACGUUCGGUUUUUAGCAAGUUGUCAUAGUUACAUGCCAUAGAAAUCGUGCCUAAAUCUAAUCGGUUCAAUUACUUCCUAUCAUCCUGUCCAACAAACUUCAGAAACUUCCUCCCUUUUUCACUUCUGCAGCUAACCAGAGUUUUAAAAAUAUUGUGACUCUACAUGUGAGGUACAUACCAAAGAAACAUUUCUGUUUUAUCUAGAUUUCAGACAGUGGGAAAGGUUUUCUCAGACCAUACAUAUUAAUUAUCCUGAUUUAUCCACAUUUAGCAUAUCUGAAUGUUAAAUAUAAUUGGCCUUGACCUUUUUAAAUCCCCCGAUCUGGUGUAUUUGACAUGAUUAACAUCACGGUGUAAUAGUUUUGCAGAGCCAUGAGAUUAAUACAGCUCAGAGCAAAUGUUUAAACCUGCACGAUUACUCGCUCCCAUUCGCCCGAGCACCUGCUGAGACUUUCCUAACACCAACACCACCUUUGUAUUUUGUUGAAUUUGACAGAGUUGGAAGGUAGCAUAAUAAGAAGCAGUUUUUAAAACAAUGAGCUUUAGUGACAUGCAGCUUCAUUAGCAUCAGUUUCACUCCUAGUGUAAUGAUCGUUUAAUGAAAUUUGUCUUAUGGGUGAUUUUUAUCAUUUUCCAUAAUGUGACUCUUUUUAAAAAGUUUCCAUACUGCUUUUGCACAUCAUGAGAAACGAUAUUUUCUAUUCAGUACUUUUAAUAAAUAAAAUAGACUAAUUACAGAUUUCAGUUCUCUACUCUAUAAAUGUUUUUUGUGGACAUACGGGUUAUGGGUGAAUGAGAUUAUAAAACAUUUUAUUUCCUUUUUUUUAUUACUCAGUUGUCUGCUUUAUCAGUACUAUUUUAAUCUUGCUGAAAAUGAAUAAAUGAAGCUUUGUCUUUUUCUCUCUAUUUAAUUUGAUGAUUUAAAAAGCUCUGUGUUGGAUUUUAAUUUUUUCAUCCUAUACUGUACCACUGCUGAAUCCUCGAUUCUGACUGCUCACAAGGUGUUGAUCAAUUUUCUGUAACUCCAUAGUUUUAGAUCUAGUACCUUUUUAGAAAAAUUAGGUAAGGAAUGUUUAUUUCUGCUAUAGUGUAUGUUAUAACAAGAUGUAACAUGUUUACACACCUUCCAAUACAUUAAAUGUCAUAAUAAAGUAAUAAAAUGUA